AAGAUGCAGAGUGCUGAAUCAGACGAGUUCAUUUAUCACGAGUGCUUGAUUCAUCCGGCUCUCUUAUGUCAUCCCCACCCAAAAUCAGUAUUUAUAAUGGGAGGAGGCGAAGGUUCUGCUGCUAGGGAAGCCCUCAAGCACAAGUCACUAGAGAGAGUUGUCAUGUGUGAUAUCGACCAGGAGGUGGUAGAUUUCUGCCGUGAAUACCUGACUGUGAAUAAGGAAGCCUUCUCUAACAAGAAGCUUGACCUUGUCAUCAAUGAUGCCAAGUAACUUUUUCCGAUCCUUCCUCCCCUUUUUACUCAUUUUCUGUCUUCAUAUAUUGCCUUUUAAAGAUUUUUGUCUUUUCAUUCUGAAUAUGAUAUAUAUAUAUAUAUGUAUAUUAAUUACAUCUCCAUC